AUGGAUGCCGCUAAUGAAGUGACGCUUGAGGAGUCUAUAAAGCUCUGUGGACUAGAGUACAUAAAAGCAGUCAUCUAUACCUGUGCUGGCCCCAGGUAGAGAAGGCACCCGGAAGGAAUCCCUCAAAGUCAAGAAGAAACUACUUCUAACUUCCAGAUGAGCACGAAUGAAGUUUUGGAGGAAAGCCUGGUGCAACACUUUCCGCAGGUGGAUUCCUCAGGAGAGAAGAGACUUCAGGAUGAACAGCUGGCCAAGGGCUUUGGGGCUCAAAGAAGCUUUGGGGCUCUUGUCAGGACAAGACUUACAGACAUUGUGCUGCACUGAUGGCUUUUCCGUGACUGCACGCUCUUUAAGACAAGAGCAGAUGCGCAAUGAAGGUAGAGCUUUGAGCAUCGCUUAAUCACGGUGUUUUACUGCUCAGUACAACACUUGCAUUGUGUUAUGAAAAUAAUAGUUUUGGGCUAGGCAAUCUUUCUUUCCUAAAAGUUGUGGAUCAAUAGUUAAAACCACAAUGAAGUGUAUUUUCUCUCUUUGCCAAAGUGAAUGCACUGUUCUUUUCAAAUUUUAACUAAUCUUUUGAAAUUUUAAAUGCUGUGCAAAAUUGCAGUUAAAAUGCCAUAAACCAAGCUCACUGUGAUUUUCUUCUUGUAAAAAAUUUUAAAAUAACUUUAAAACAGUAAGCAGAUUAUGCUGAUGGUAGGAAAAUGUUAAAAAAUAAGCAUAAAAAGAAAAUAAAAAUCAACUCUUACCUCAUCAUCCAGAAAUAACUAUCCACUCUUAACUUUUGGGUUGCUGUAUAUUAUUAACUGAGAAUUUAAACAUUGUUUCAUGGUCAAGUAUAAGAAUCUAAACAAAGUACUUUUUCUCAAAACAUCUUUAAGUGCUCAGUAAAUGUUUCCUAAUAUGCAGCCCUUCUACUUGAGGAUAGCUGGAGACAUAUGUGUAUCAGUUAGAUCUCCCUAAAACCCAGAGAAUAUUUGAGUAAUGAGCUCCUUCCUAUAGUCUGGGCUGCUUUGGUUUUGCCUUCCUACUGCUGAGAUAAAAGGACAUUGUGUUGGGGCACCUGGGUGGCUCAGUCUGUUGAACC